GUCAUGAUUUGACCUUGUAUUUUGCCGAGUUUCCAGAACAAGGCAAGUGUAGUGUAGACUUGAGCGUACUGUCAAUCGCUGUUACAUAACGGAGAACUUUGGCCAGGCGUGCUUGAGAACUGGAGUAACAUAAAGCGGGUCAAAUGAGGAGUCUGUGAAUACAGGCUACAGCAGACCCUAGACAUGUCUUCCCAAGACUACGACUGCAUAGUGAUAGGAGCCGGGGUUCAGGGCUCUUUCACUGCCUAUAACCUUGCGAAAAAUAACAAGAACACCCUUCUACUUGAACAGGUUUGUAAUUUAUAAAGCGAGUUGGCAACAGGAUAAGAGCGUCUGCUAAAUUACAAAAAUGUUUUAAAAUGUAGGCUACCAACAAGUCGUUGCAUUGGAGUUGACACCAUAUAAAUUCAGUGGUUCUGUACGAACUAUUGAAUUUUAUGGUGUCAACUCCAAUGCAACGACUUGUUGGUAGCCUACAUUAAAAAAUUUUUUUGUCAUUUAGUAGACGCUCUUAUCCAGAGCGACUUACAGUAGUGAGUGCAUACAUUUUCGUAUUGGUCCCUCGUGGGAAUCGAACCCACAACCCUGGCGUUGCAAACGCAUGUCUACCAACUGAGCCUACGUCGUCAUAAUUACAUGAUCGACGGGGUUAUUACAAAUUAUUUAGAAGUGAUAACGUUUUUCUUUGUAUUGUUAUAUUUGGCACUUUGAACUGGUCCUACUGUAGACCUAGCUAUAGUUUCAGCAUGUUUCAAACUUCCAUGUGAAUAUGCGACAUAAGCGACUGCUUCUGUAUAUAUAUAUUUUUUUUGGGGGGGGGUGGAACUAAAUCGGGUAUCAAUUUACUGUUCAGCUUUAGAAUAGUAGAAUACACAAGGUGCAAUUUCGAAAUGUGGUUGUGUGUAAGCAGUUUUUUUCUUGUUAUGUCAAUCACUGACAGACUCAAUCAGCCCAUGUCAGCUAACAUUUUUAGAUAUGUUUGGUAAUCAUGUUAGAAUUACUGGCAGGGCACGUGCCAGGGACCCUGACCUCUAGGGGGCCACCAUUGAUUUUGUUAGUCACUCAUACUCAGAUAUCAUAUUAACCUAGAAUUGCAGAACAUUUGCUUUGAAACUGCAAAAUUUCUCUCCACCCCCAUGGCAAAAUGAGCAGAAUUGCAUGAUUUAUAAAAUUUCUAAAUCUUCUCUCCACCCCAUGGUAUAAUGUGUAAAAUUGUGCAAACUUGCUUUAAAACAGCAACAUAUUCUCUAUGCCCCAUGACAAAGUUUUUCUUAGGGCCCCAAAAAGGCUAGGGAAAAAGGUCCUGUGAAUAUGAAAAUGGCAUCUCCAACUCUGUUUCUGAAUGCCUUGUUCCUCAGUUUGUCCUGCCGCACUCUCGUGGCAGCUCUCAUGGCCAGACACGCAUCAUCCGCAAGGCCUACGACGAGGACUACUACACCCACAUGAUGGAGGAAUGCUAUCAGCUCUGGACUCAGCUGGAGAAAGAGGCCAACGUCAAGCUUUACAGGUGAGUGCCUUAAGCAAAAGUAUAAGGUCUGUCUCAAUAGCAGCGUUAGAAGAACAUUGUAAAAGCUUUAUACCAGAACACUGAGAUUUGUCGCAUUCAAUGUGUUUCGCCAGUGUUCAAGCAGCAACUCAAUCUGUGUGAGCUAUAGAUGGAUGACUUUCUCAUUACCUCACACAUCACUGAAUCACCCCAGACAGCUCCCUGCCUGCCUUUGAAUGUGGAACAAGGAUUUUUUCGUCUCAAUAAACCCCAAUUCUCAUUCCCAGAGCGAAGAGGGUUUGUUCUUGUAAAUACUACAGCAGGAUCAAAGUUGGAGCCAGACAGUCAGAGCCUUCAACCUCUACCUCCCCACCUAAAGCUUCCCUGAACCAUUGUCUUAGUUUGAAACCCCAUUUGGUUGUCAGUAUCAGUCAGCUGCAUAACAAAUUGAUCAUUAUACUGUUAGAUGACUGAUGGAUCAAUCACCAGUCUUCUACCCCACCCAUGUUAUGUUCCCAAGGCAAGCACACAAUAGCUAUAGAUGUACCUCCCUCGGAGCAGCCAUCCAUGGCAGAUGACUGAUCGGUCCCCACACUAAGGCCACCUGUGCCCUUGGGCUGGAUAAAACUGCAGCACAAUGAGAAAUGUUGAAGCUAUGGCUGCGUGAAUCUUUCUGAGCAAUGCUUCACGCCUCUGUCGUUUCUCAGCCCUGGGGAUGGACUUUGAGAUGGGUUGGACGAUAACCAAAAGCCCUUUGGCCACAGGCCAUUCUGUAUAGCGGUAUGGCCACACACAUACAUUGCAACCAGCGAACCAGCAUCACUCAGUCAUCACAUGGGUGGCAUGGAAGCAUGCAUCAUGUUUAGGAUCUUAUAUGCACUCACGCGCUCUCCUUCGCUCUCACACACACACACACCACACACACCACUGUGGAGAGCAGGACACACUCCUAAAAUUCUCUGAUGAAUGGGUAAAGCCGUUAGCAGGUGAUGGCCCAUGCGUCAUGUCUGUUGACAGAUGUUGGAGCAGCCUUUAGCCAGCCAUCCAUCCAUCAACCAGACUGCUGCAUUAGGGCCCCCUGUGUUUCAUAACCUUUCACUCUGAGACCCUAUAACUUACCACAGGCUGGGAUUUUACAACAUUAAUUAUUCUCAGUGUACUCUGUUUACAAACUGUUGUUUCAUCAGAUUGCCUUCAUUAGAUUAGAUUGUAAGAGGCCAUCUGGGACCUUAUUUACAGUACAUGUAUGGCAAGCUGUUGAUUGAUUUACAAGGCUUGCUUUAUGUUGUAGAUGUUAAGGUUCAAACCACUUGCAAAUAUGACGAAUGAGUUUGAACCCGGGUCUUCUAUGUAUCACACACAGGAGGUUGGUGGCACCUUAAUUGGGGAGGACGGGCUCAUAGGGAAUGGCUGGAGCGGAAUGGGUGGAAUGGUUUCAAAUGCCAUUCCAUUAGCUCUGUUUCAGCCUUUAUUAUGAGCCGUCCACCCCUUAGCAGCCUCCUGUGGUAUCACAAGACUGUGUUAGCCUGCUGAGCUAAAAGCCAUUAGCUCGGGGGGCUAACACACGUCUUGGGUCUCAGACAUGGUUAUUCAUCAUGUGAGCAUGGUUCUCUGAACCCCAAUGAUUUUAGCUUAGCGCUAGAUUCAAUCCGUAUCACGGAAGAUCUGCGUUAUAGCGCAAUUGAAAUGUGAAGAUAAUUUCCGGUUGAGCCGACAUAUGCAGCGUAUAGCAUGAAUGCAGUCUCCGUAAACACGGAAACUUGAUUUUAAAAUGUAAUCGCGCUAUUGUGCGGAUCUUCCGUGAUACGGGUUGAAUCUAGGCCUUAGUUUAUCUUAGUUUAUUUAUUUCCACAAAUGAAAACCGGAUAUUCACUACAUGGUGAUUAGGACCUCCUCUCCCAGACGUACAGGUCUGCUAGUGAUGGGUCCAGAGAAGGGGGACUACCAGGUGUUCAAGUCCACACUGGAGAGGAACAAGGUUCCCAUAGUGAUCCUGCCGAGGGAGGAGUUCAGCCAACACAUCCCCCAUGUUAACCUGUCCCAGGGAAACGCAGCCCUGGUGGACACCACUGCCGGAGUGCUGUACGCUGACCGCACACUCAAAACAGUACAGGUAAGAUGCUGUAUGCUGACCGCACACUCAAAACAGUACAGGUAAGAUGCUGUACGCUGACCGCACACUCAAAACGGUGCAGGUAAAAGUGACACAGUUUUGGUAUGUAUUGUUUACAAAUCUGUAAAAGCCAUUCUGGAUUAUGUUUGCAUCCUAGAGGAGAUCAUUAUUACUAGAUGCUGUUAAUUGAUUGGCCUUGUACCUUUAACCCACAUUGGCUCAGUGCUUCUUCUAGGGUGUGAUAAGAACUCCAUAAAGUACAGCUUUCCCUUUCCUUUAAUGCUGUCCUGUUUAUCCUUUACAUUACCCCAAUGCGUCAGACUCUGUAAUGAUCAUUCAUUAGUCUUUAUCAGCAGCUAGGUAAUUAUGUUUUGACCACUAAUUAGGAAAUACAUGAUGGCUUGUACACACAAUUUGGGAAUACUGUAUAUGGUGUAAGUGAGACAGCUAGACAAAGAAAAUAUGAACUGAACGAUGACAUAUAGCUUUCAUAUGCCUAGGUAGACAAUGACAAAAGUAGUAGUAUUUUUUGACAACUUUUUAUAGCAUUGAAUUCAGUUUAUUCAGACAUUGGCAAGGAGAAACAAAGCAUUGGAGAGAAACAGCCUGAAAACACCAACUGAAACGCUUUAUUAUUUUACUGCUGCCUCGGAACAAUGGUCCUGUCUUGUAUUGAUUGAACAGAUUUUUCCUCUCUUUUGUUCAGAUCAAGCAUAAAGCAUACAUUACAACUUGUCGUUAGUUGUGAUUAUAGACGUUUCUACAGCCGCCAAGAUUACCACCAUGCAUUCUCAUUCUGUCUGAAUGUCUAGUUUCAUAACCUCCUAUCAACAUUCUGUCUCACAAUCUGCCAGCAUCGAUCAUUUCUUAUUUAUGUUUUGUGAAGGGGUGGGGUAUCUGUGUCUUUGAGAGUUUGCACAUGUGCAUAACCAUGAGUGUUUUUCCACUAUAUGUGCAGUGGUGAUUUUAGCAUGAAAAUCUUGGUGGGGCAAACAACAUUUUUUAUAAUAUUCAUGCCAGCAAAGCCACUACACAACACAACACUAAACAACACAUUAAAUGCACUAUAACAGUGACAAAUGGUGCACACAAACUGUUAGGGCCUACAUAAAGCUGUCCCAACAGCAUAAUUUUAUUUUCAGCACCAUGGAGUGAAUCCUUACCACCGCUACACCUGGCUAUCAGCAGAGCCUUGUCUGGCAGCAAAACAGUUAAUUCAGCCUCAUUUAUUGCCUUUUUAUAAAACAUAGCUGAUAUGGCUUACUUGCUUAAACAAAUGUGGUUUCUACUGACAACUGAGAUGUACAAACUAUGGCAUAAGGGAAUGCCGAGCGUAUAGGAGGCAAUCUGUAAUUUCGAUUAAGACAUUAAUGAGCGAGGGAAGACGGACGUAGUCAAUAUAACUAUUUGUUCAGCACUUUUGAAAUGAACAGCGACAGAAUUCAGAAAAUGGGCCAUUCUUACAGUAUUGUCCCUGUACACCAAGUCAGACCCGUAGGAUAAAUAAAGGGGGCAUAUAAGCAGACAAUGAAAGCUCUUACAAUAUUCGAUGAUUACAUUUCUCUAAAACAGGUUAUAGGCUACAUGUACACCACCAAGUCAGAACAGUAGGCUAAGUUAUGAGGGGGAAAGGGACCCAAAUUAUUAGGGUGAGGCACAUGGGCUACUAACAGCUUACUACACAACAUACACGUAGUAUUACUUUCUUAGCUACAGUAUACAUAUCUCCCUGGCAUAUUACAUAAUUUAUGCAGCAGCAUACAAUACAUUUUUGGACUCACCGUUGUUGUGCUCACUGAAUGGGAAGGUGGCGCGGCGAUCCUUCUUGUGGACAUAUUUUGUCAUUAAACUUUGCCAUCAGUCUGGCAUUCUCUGGAUUAAUGGUGCUUUCAAGACAACUGGGAACUCGGAAAAAAACAAGGUUGAAUCAUGACGUCAGUGAUCUUCAGGUCGGAGCUCUAGAAAGAGGCCAGAGUUCCCGACUUGGAAUUCCGAGUUGGAUGACCGUUAAAAACUUUCCAGAGUUCCCAGUUGUCUUGAACUCACUGAAGUCUUAGAUUUCCCAAUUCCGAGUUUCCAGUUGUUUUGAACGUGGCAGAAGUCAUGCUGGAUUGACAGCAUGGCCAAUGUAUUCAACCUUUUCUGGCCCAUGGUGUUGCGUGUGACUGUUUAUCCUUUUAAGCUUGGAAAAGAGACCCUUAAACCCAGACUUGGACCACACACCCUCUCCACCGAAUAGCAGGCAGGGGAAGCAAAAUAGUGAUUGCUUUGCAACACUUGCAGUUAGCCACUGAUUCCUUCCAAACCACUCAUUGUUGCAUUUGUGAAUUCCAACUUGAUGUGUAAUGUUUAUGUCCAAUGGCCGAUGAGCACUGAUACGUUUUAUCUAUAAUUUCUCUUCAUAUGAAAAGGAUUUGCCAGUAGAUUGUCGACGUGAUUCAUGAUGAUGACUGUUUGUCUAGCUUGCUAGCUAAGAUUUUGAAAGUAUGAUGUUGACAUGAUCAGUCCAAUCAAAGCUACAGUAGAUAUAACGUGAUUUGACGUAAUUGUAUCUGUGGCCAAUGACCUUGAGCCUUCUUGGAUGGGCACUUCUAAUGUAAAUCAAUGGCAGCACCCAAGGGGGCUUGAACUGCCUAGCUCUCCUGUAGAUUCUGUGGUGACGUAGUGUCCCCAUAAGUGACAGAACACUGAGCCAAUCACAGCGCAACUAGAGAAGAUUACCAAUGCCUAUGCUCUGUAUUUUCCGCUGGCUGCCCCUCCACCACAGAAAGCACUGAGCUAGGCUGAAACACCUGCAUUAGGAGACCAUGUUUGUAUGCAGCGUUGUUUUUUAAAAAACAUUGUUUGCAAACUGAAAUGUGACACGUAUUAAUACCAAAAUAACAUGCAAAACAGGUGGGGCUCAAAACAGGUGGCUCUGCCACACCUGCCCUGAAUGACGGGUCGCCACUGUAUAUGUGUGUUAACUGUGUGAUUAUGAGCAAAACUACUCUCACUUCAAGUCUGAAGCCAAGGUCUCUUAGAUAUCUCUCUGUCAGAGGUCUCUGUCAGACCCAGCUGUUACCAUGACAGCCGUUACUAUGUGGAGACAGACAGACUACCCUUCUCUGACUGUAUCAUUCUGAGCCUCCUUGGCCUUGUACCAUUGUACACAGAGACUUCUAGAACACUCCACCAUUCUGCACAAUAACUCAUCCAUCACAAUCAGCAGAUGGGCUGUAUCUCACAGGCUCACAGAGGCACCCAGGUCUCUUACCUGCACUCUAUUCUAGUAGAUAUUAAGACUGCUUCAUUACGGUUUCAGCUGCCCUGCCCCUUGGUUGGCUCUCUAAUACCUGCCUAGACAUCCACAUUCCACUCCCUUCCUGUUAAACUUUAACUAACCCUCGAUGGAGGAGAAGUUCACCUCAGGAUUAGUUGUGACUGGGAUGCUGAUAUGGACUGUAAACUUCACUUGCAUUGUGGUUGGUUUAUUUACACGUUACCUGCUUGAUACUAUUCCACUUUAGUUACUAAGGUUCCUCUGUGUCCGUUUGGUCUCAUUCAUUUUGAACACACCUUGCGUACCUUACACUACAGUAACUGUUCUCUCUCUCCAUCACCAGGGACAGUUCCAGAAAUUGGGGGGCAUGAUCAAGGACGGACAAAAGGUGAUUGACAUCACACCGGGCUCUGUGGUAACCGUGACGACAGUCAGUGGGAUGUACAGAGCUAAGCACUUGGUGAUCACAGCUGGACCCUGGGCCAACACCCUGCUGUCCCACACAGGCCUUCAGCUACCACUGCAGGUAGGCUACUCACUACCUCCAACAUGAGCUCACACUCCAAUGCACUCCAGUGGAAUGCUGUCCACUACUGUCACACUAGGCAUGCUGUGAUAUGCUCCAUAUCUUUGGUCAAACCGCACUGUCACACGUUAUGCACUCAAACACAAAUAGACAAUAUGGCACUUGCAAUCAAGCUUUACGGAGCAUGUAUUUGACAGCACAAGAUUUAAGAAAGGAUUUAAAGCAGAAAGGAUUUAAAGCUCUAUUCCAGAGUUCAGCACGCAACCAUAAAACCCAUACCCAUUCACAUCAUUCUUGUUAGUAGAUAAGGGCAACAUUUUCAAGUCAAAUUUUCCCCAAAUAUAGCCUCACUCCCCCAGGCUAUAAGCAGGGAGCGAUGACUCGCCAUAGCUCUGGUUGGUUCACAGCAAACCAAGAGGGAGAGUCUGCAGCCCAGUGCUGGCGGAACACUCAGUCUACUAUGAGGAAUAAACUAAACAAACACAUUCCCAGACUAUCUUUUACACAGAGCGGUAGGGAGGGAACCAGCCAAGCAAUCUCACAAUAUAUCACCCACCCAAAAGAAAAGGUGCUGAAAAAAUACUGGGCGUUAUUUAAGUAGAGAAUUGGAGUUUGUAUUGGAAUUGCAUUAUUCAGGAAAGCGAGAGGGGCCCGUGGAAGCCAUGCCUGAGUGAGCGCAUAGAGAAAGUAUGAGGUAUGAGCUCGCCUUAAAUAAUGCUCUCUGUCUGUCUCUCUGUCUCUCUCUACUGAAUUUUUAUGGUCCCCAGAAUGAGACGGCUGCCUGUUAGUUCAUUAAACUGAAAGCUAGCGAACAUUGUGUCCUUAUUACCACGUGCAGGGAAGAUGUGAUUUGUAUGAGUGUGUAUGCAUUUAAUUAUAUCCCCAUUCUCACUGCCACUACACCACCGCUACCUUUGUAAUUGCAGUUGGAUUCGAUAAAACUAUGGUAAUGGGUAACAUGAGGGAGGGAAACAUCUUCCCAAGUGCAAGGAUCUUCUUUAAUCAAACCCAGAAUAAUUUCUAUGGAGGCUUAUGCCUGGGCCCCGGGUCCUUGCACUAUGCGGAUGACUGUCUAUUUGUCUGUUGCUUCCCUGAUUAACUAGGUGAUAAAGAUUAAUGUGUGCUACUGGAGGGAGAAGGUCCCUGGCUCCUACAACAUCCAGCACCGCUUCCCCUGCUUCAUCCAGCUGGAGUCAGAGGAGGCAAAGCAUCACAUCUACGGCCUCCCGUCCAAUGAGUACCCAGGCCUGAUGAAGGUGGGCUCAAUUCAGCCAGACAAAAGAAAAUACCCCCAAAUAAACCACCUUGUUCAGUUAGGUUUGGGCUUUUAGAUACCAUAAUGUUCCACACAGGAUUCAGUGAUGCCUUUGCUUUAGGUCUCAAGCAAGUUUACUAACCACACAAGCAUAGUUCACCAAACCACCUCAAUUACACUGUUUCCUGGUCUUAUUGUAUUGAAUUUAAAUAGAAAUACGUUAAACUUUUGCUGACCUCAGAAGUAGGGCAGCAACACUGUCUGCCUCCAAAGUUCUCCAACACUUCCGGAUACAUAAUCACAGGGUAAUGUUGACUGUGUUUUGCGUUUCCAUUUUCUAUUCCAUCUCUAUUUUGAGCAUGAUGGAGAGCUAGCAGGAGUUGGGAGAGUAAUAGCAGCACCCAACAUGCAGGCAAAGGAGGGGGACAGAUGGCUGUGCCACAUCACAUUAUUCACUCUGUGGUGUAGUCAACAGUGCUUUGUAACCCAUGUACUGUAGAUAGAUGGCUAAUGCUCAAUCAGACUAAGGCAUUUUAUUUUCAAAGGUAAUUACCUUUCAAAAUAAAAGUUGGCCACACUUCAUAGAACAUUGCAUUUAUAUUACAUAGGCCUUAUACUGUUCUACCUACAGUCGAUGUUCCUGGUAAGUGCACUUAGACUCUAAGUUGAAUGCAGUUUGUUGAUGUUGAUGUUGUUUUUCUUCUCUGUUUGAAGCUUUGCUACCACACUGGCCCUGAGACGGACCCUGACGAGAGGGACAGACAGACGGACAGGGGGGACAUAGACAUCCUACAGCGCUACAUCACCCGCUGCUUCCCUGGCCUGGUGCCCAUCCCUGCUGUGGUGGAGAGCUGCAUGUACACAGUGAGUAUUACCAGUCUCAGAGCUGCAUGUACGCAACGUUAACAUCUCUGCUGCUUACUGUAUCCCAGAAAUGGCCAUAUUACAGUAAUGGCCCACAAUGGCAAUUUACUCUGAAUCGGUACAAUUAGUGUACCAUCAUCCUUUCAGUUGGACUUAAUUAUUUAUAAUAAAACAAAUCUUUGAUCUUCCCACCAAGGAAAGGUACAGAAUAGAAAUGGGAUAAGGGUGGUUCUGGAUUUGAAAAUUCAGAGAGGGAACCAUUGUCCUGUUUGCCAUGCCAAUCACAUCACAUGCUGCACGGCUGCAUUACCUUUGGGAUUCAAACACUAAUGGAAAACAUCACAGACACUGAAUAUCAUUGGAAACCACAUGUCAUUCCUGUCCCGUAGUCAGAGUAGCCUACUGCAUGGAGAAUGGGGCACAGUAGGGGAGAGUGGGGUAAGUUGAGCCUUUUUACAUUCAGCAUCACUCUGUCAACAUAUAUUUCAGGAUGUUGUGUAUCCCAGGAAAUAAUCAGAAUUCAUGUAAACAUUACAGUUUUGAAAACAUAGCUUGUCCGGGUAUGGGGUAAAUUGAGCCGCGGGACAAGGUAAGUUAAGCCGCCUACAAAUUUCUGUAAUGAAUGAAAUAUUACCACUACCUUUUUAAAACCAUGUCUAUCUUUAUUUCCCAAACACAAUUCCUCACAAUCACCUUUUGGUAUUUUAAUCAUUUUAAGCAUCUUUUAACACAGGCUUAACAUCUAGCAAACACUUUGUACUUUUUAAAACACUUUUAACAUAGGCCAGGCCCUGUUGUUACCUCAUAUCCCAGAGAUAAUGCCUUGCAUUAUGCUUGGGAAGAAAACACUUCAAUUUGUUUAACUUGCCAUUGGCUCAACCAUUGGCUGAACUUACCCCAAGGCAAAAGUUUUCACUAUAUUAGCCCACAUAGCUACAAGGAUGCACUAUCUUGCUAGGUUUAGGACCUCAUAUUGAAGCUGAUAGAGACCCCAACUGAUGUAUAGAACAAUCUUUAAAUUAUCUACUUUGGUUUAGAUACAAGCAUCAUGAAACCUCUAACAAUACAUUCAUUUGACUUGGUGAAAAUCUGUUUUUUGGACCUAUGCUAUAUAUACAAAAGUAUGUGUACACCCCUUCAAAUUAGUGGACUCGGCUAUUUCAGCCACACCCGUUGCUGACAGGUGAAUAAAAUCGAGCACACAGCCAUGCAAUCUCCAUAGACAAACAUUGGCAGUAGAAUGGCUUUACUGAAGAGCUCAGCGACUUUCAACAUGGCACCGUCAUAGGAUGCCAACUUUCCAACAAGUCAGUUCGUCACAUUUCUGCCCUGCUAGAGCUCCCCUUGUCAACUGUAAGUGCUGUUAUUAUGAGUGGAAACGUCUAGGAGCAACAACGGCUCAGCCGCGAAGUGGUAGGCCACACAAGCUCAGAGAACGGGACCACCGAGUGCUGAUGUGCGUAGCGCGUAAAAAUCGUCUGUCCUCGGUUUCAAUACUCGCUACUGCGUUCCAAACUGCCUCUGGAAGCAACGUCAGCACAAUAACUGUUCGUCGGGAGCUUCAUGGCCGAGCAGCCACACAGAAGUCUAAAAUCACCAUGCGCAAUGCCAAGCGUCGGCUGGAGUGGUGUAAGGCUCGCCGCCAUUGGACUCUGGAGCAGUGGAAAUGUGUUCUCUGGGGUGAUGAAUCACGCUUCACCAUCUGGCCGUCCAACAGACGAUUCUGGGUUUGGCGGAUGCCAGGACAACACUACCUGCCUGAAUGCAUAGUGCCAACUGUAAAGUUUGGUGGAGGAGGAAUAAUGGCCUGGGGCUGUUUUUCAUGGUUCGGGCUAAGCCCCUUGGUUCCAGUGAAGGGAAAUCUUAACGCUACAGCAUACAAUGACAUUCUAGACAAUUUUCUGCUUCCAACUUUGUGACAACCGUUUGGGGAAGGCCCUUUCCUUUUUCAGCAUGACAAUGCCCCCGUGUACAAAGCGAGGUCCAUACAGAAAUGGUUUGUCGAGAUUGGUGUGGAAGAACUUGACUGGCCUGCACAGAGCCCUGACCUCAACCCCAUCGAACACCUUUGGGAUGAAUUGAAACGCCCAAUUGAAACGCCCAACAUCAGUGCCUGACCUCAGUAAUGCUAUUGUGGCUGAAUGGAAGCAAGUCCCUGCAGCAGAUUUUUCAACAUCUAGUGGAAAGCCUUCCCAGAAGAGUGGAGGCUGUUAUGGCAGCAAAGGGGGGACCAACUCCAUAUUAAUGCCAUGAUUUUGGAAUGAGAUGUUCGACGAGCAGGUGUCCACAUAAUUUAGGUAAUGUAGUGUAACUUGCUUACCACUUUUUCCAUAUGGUUUCUUCCUUCACAGACUCCAUGAAAUUAUAUUUGGUCAAAUAUACAUUUUGUAUAUGGUUUCCUAGAAACAAGGGUGGCUCAACUUAUCCCUUUGGUUCAACUUACCUCACUCUCCACUAAUGGAUGUCAUCUCCAAUCCCCAAACAGAUGGCAGUUGGGGUCCGAAAUGGACAGGAUUUAUUCUUCUCAGAUGAGUUUCUUUAACCAAGCUACUGGUUCCCUCAAUCUUUUCUCUCUCUUUCCCUCCAUCACUAUCCCAUUACCACAUUUCGCCUGAUUUGCCUCCCCCUCUCUUGUUCUCUCUCUCAAUUCACCAUCUCUUUCUGUUGCAGGUCACGCCAGACAACCAUUUUGUCCUGGACCACCAUCCCACUCACAGUAAUAUCGUUAUCGGAGCAGGAUUCUCAGGUGUAUAUGUGCUGAACAUGAGUAUUGUCUUUCUUUCUGGCCCAACAUAACAAGUCCCGCAGCUCCACAUCAUACCCCAACAUGGCUGCAUCCAUAGUGUCACUCACAACAUACAGUAUAAUAGUGGAUGUGUGUGGAUGAGCAAAAGCCCAAAGAGUUUAGCUUUAAAAUGUUUUUUCAACACUGACACCCGGCACACACUCUGGCCCAGAGUGGUGCUGAACAUCACAGAGCCCUCUGAACCUACUUCAGCUCUGUGUGCUGUAGCUGUAUCUUAGAGCGAGAUCUUACACAGGGAAAAGUCAGACAACUUUUAAUUAGACAGUCUUUCAAGCCGGCUGUGAAGGGUGAAGAGUUGAGCUUUGAGUCCAGACCCAUUUUAUUCCCUAAUUAACGUCUUUGAGGUGCUCUCUCUGUCUGCUCGCUUGCUCUCUCUCUGUCUGUCUUUCUCUGUCUGUCUGUGUGGGGCGGGUGAGGCAGUGUGGGGGUCCUCUCCUCCCUGUCCCAAUGGGCCGACGGCUGGGGUCUCCUGGCUCCUGUUCCAUCUGCUCUGAUAGCCGCCUCCUACAGUAAUUAUAUGUGUAAUUAAUUUCCACUUGUAAUAGUUUUUAAAGGACCUGGCUGGCACACAGUGCAGUUGGCUGGUGAGAGAGAGAGAGUGCUACUGGAUAACAAGGAGGAUUAGCUCCGCGGGUUAGAGAAAGCCAUUUGAGAAGCCACAUAAUCAAUACAAGUAUGAAUUGAAGAAGUGUUUUGCUUCUGAACCCAUUGGUCCCUUGGUGGUAGAAUCUGAGGGGUAAGACAUUUUUAUUUUCAAGUCCUUUUUCAAUGGAAAAUGAACCAUAAUAGGAUGACUGUUCAUCACGGUCUAUUAACCUGUUCAACUUGCAUUUACCAUAUUAUCAGUGUUUUAACCCAGGUGCUCUAGUAAAGACUGUGCAGCACUGUGCUGUGUUCAAUCAGUGCACAGGGUUAAUCGCAAUACUACAAAAAAUGUGCAGCUCCUCUUUCCCCUCUUCCCCCUCCCCCUCCUCUGCUUGAGUUAUCAAAAGCCAUAAGCACUUUAAAGCAAGUCCUGGGGGUUGCCAUGGUUACAAAGGCACCCAGCGGGUUUGGGCCUGCCAUCGAGGGCCCCUCACCUCUUCCUACAAAAAACACAUGUGGCGAACUGUCAGAGUGGCCUACAGUUCGUUCGCUAUAGCCCCGGAUGCAAAUCACUGAGGCUUUUAUGACUUCAAAGCCUGGCUGGAUCCAUGGGAGCUCUGAGAACUUUAUCAGGCAGAGAGAGAACUCAUGCAAGGCAUUCUUAAGCCCAGUUGACAUUCAGAGUUUUCCUUCCUCCCUCAGACCCAUAGCAACAAGAAGAAUUCACCUCUCCUGAGUAGAGCGUCAGUUUCCUCAACUCACCCCUAGGCUGACAGCUCACGGCAGGCUCAUCGCUGAAAGGAGGGACAAAUCUCCUUCAUUUAUCUCUGGCUUGAGCCCACUUAAAUGAAUAGAUGCCCUGUGACGGUCAGCGCAAUAGCUCCUGUCCUCUUUUAUGUCAGGCGGCUCAAACAGACCGCCUGACUCAGACAAUGGGCCAGAAACACACAGGUUAUUUAUAGAGGCCCAUUGUGGUGUUCCACAUAUAUUUCAGCACAUUAUAGACUCUUGGCAAACCUGAAAUGACACCCUUUACCCUAUUUAGUGCACUAUAUCCCCCCUUUAUAGAGCCUAAAUAAAGCCUAUAGGGUGCUCUUGAGAUGCAGCCUCUGAGUUUGAUGACCUACCUGCCUCACUUACUGUGAUUUGUUCUCCCCCCAGGUCACGGAUUCAAGUUUGGCCCAAUCAUUGGCAAGCUGCUGUGUGAACUGAGCCAGGGAGAAGUGCCCUCCUAUGACCUCUCCCCCUUCAGAAUCAGACGCUUCCAAGCCCACUCCAAGUCAGCACUGUAGGAUCGGGAUCGUUGGCUAUAACAACCAUUUUUCUCAGGAACCAGACCUUUACAAAAUGAAGAAAUUGAAGGUUUUCAUACCAGUGUGGCUGAAGCCUAAACAAACAAUGGUCGCUCGCAAAUAAAUAUUUACUUUUCAAGCUAAUCGUUGAGAAAAGUGACGUAGGGAUGAGAGCCUUGAAAUGAGAUGUGGAAACAAAUCAAUGAUUCACUAAAGCUGAUCUCUCAGCUGCUGUGUUGUUAAUACUGCUCUGUAAAUCAUACUCUCAUAGCCUCUGUUUGGACCUGGGACCCAUCCUGCAUCAUUUCAAACCAGACUAAUAAUAAUAGUAAUAAUAAUGUAUUACAUUUGUAAUGCACUUUUCAUUAUACAAGAAUAAUAUCAAAGUGCACAAAAUAAAAGAACAAAUAAAAA